AGAGAGAGGGAGUUGAGAGAGAUUAGAGACAGAGAGAGAGGGGAAGGAAACACCACAUAAAGAGACAGAAGAGAGCCCUUCCUGGAACUCUCCAGUCCUCUCUGACUGCCACCGCUCACUGAGGGAGAAAGACAGCAGUGUUUUAAAGAGGAACAGAGUACCUGGGUGUCAUUCUGCUGAGGGCUGAGACAAACAGAGGAGAAGAAGACAUGUCUGGUCAUUUACUAAGGAGAAACUCCAGCAAGGAAGGUCUGCAGAACCUGCUCAGGGUGACGGCCCAGCGCAGUAUUGAGGAUGCUGAGGAGAUAGAGCGGGAACGGAGACGAAGGGCCAGGGAGAGACAGGGAGACCAGGACCCACACACCCACACUGGCCCAGCCAGCACCACCAGCCCCACACCGGACAAUGGGCUCCCGGAGCUAUAUCCAAUGUGUGAGAGUGAACUGAAGGCUAGUGGCUGCCAGUUGGCUCUGGAGGAGGACGAGGGCUUCAGUGACUGGACCCAGAGGUUGGAGAAACGCAGACAGCGCCACCUGGAGGAACAGGAGUCCUCGGAGGACCAUCAGCCCCAGCAGCAGCAGAAUCAGUCCCAGCAGCAUGAACCCCAGCAGCAUCACCCCCAGCAGCAGCAUCAACCCCAGCAGCAUCACCCCCAGCAGCAGCAGAAUCAGCCCCAGCAGCAUCAACCCCAGCAGCAUCACCCCCAGCAGCAGCAGCAGCCCCAGAUGCUCAGGCUAAACAGAGCCUCCCCAAUCAGACCCUGCUUGAAGACACGUCCUGGACCUGGGCCCGAGGAGAGGGAGGAGAAGGAGGUAGAGUGGGAACGAAGAGCCAGCAACAAGACACAAGACACUUCAAGAAGAGUAACAGAUGACAAGGUCGUGGAGAAGAAGAAAUCUGAGCUGAAGAUCUCCUACACCUCUAAAGUCAUGAGACACGUCAACAGCAACGGGGAAGCAGCUGGGGCGGAAGUGACCUCAUACCUAGUUGCAGGGAAACUGUCUCCAAGUCGUAGUGGCAGCUUGGGAGGGCAGAGACAGGAGGAGGUGGAUGGAGAGGUUCCCGGGGGGCAGCUGGAGACAGAGAAGGCACCAGGCCAGGGACAGGGCACCCUGGAACAGCUGAGACAGAGACAGCAGGAGGACCAGGAGGAGAUGGAGGAGUUGAACCGCAGGAGAGAGGAGAAACGCAGAGCCAGGGAGGAGGAGGAGCACCAGAGAGAGAAAGAGGAGCAGCACAGACAGGAGCAGGAGGAGGAGGAGAGGAAGAGGGUGAAAGACGGGAUAGAGAGUAGGAGGAUGGCGGCUUCAGAGAGAAGGAUGAAGAACCUCAGUAUUUCCAGCAUUGAGGGAGACGAGUCCUUCAGCCCCUUCAGUCCCAUGAGCCCCACCUUCAAGAAUGACACCGAGGAGAGGAUGACGUCUGAGAAUACCUGCACGAUCAACGAGAGGACUGAGUCUCUGAACCGCUCUCUGCAGAAAAGUAACAGCAUCAAGAAGACCCAGCCUCCCAUCCCCAUCUCCAAGAUCGACAACAGGCUGGAACAGUACACUCAUGCCAUAGAGACGUCCUCUAUGGAAGCCAAGGCAGCCAGGCAGCAGGCUCUGACGGACCUGCCCAGCCCCACUGAGCCUGUGGCCUCCAAGAAGAAUUUGUUUGAGGCCGGGGAAGCUUGGAGCCAGCCGCCCAGGGAAACACCUUCCAAGGAUACAGAGGGUCUGAAUGUAGGCGUGGCCGACCUCAUCCACCAAUGGGUGAAAGGGAACCCAGACGGAAGCUGCAAAAGCCUCUCCAAGCCAGCAUUUUCAACUGUCUUCCUACAUCUCCGGUACAUUCUAAUCUGUCCCUUCUUCAAGGAGGUGAAGGCCGGUGAUGUUCUGAGCAAGAAGAACCUCUGGGAGAAUCUGGGAGAAUCUUCCCCGUCUGGGAGAGCUGGGAAGGGAGCUUCCUCUGGUAAAAAGUACAAAUUUGUGAUGAUGGCUCACGGCAAGUAUGAGAAGGUUGUCGUCGGUGAUGAUGAUUACAACGAGCACACAAACGGGAAAUCAACUGGACAAUGCCUUGAGGAACUGUGAAGAACAGACGUUGGACUGUGAUUAUUUCGACGAUCACUUCACAUCAUAUUUAUCAUUCAUUUCAUUUAGCUGACAUAUUCCUCUCAAAAACUAUGUUUAGAUCAACGUGUCUGAAGCAUAUGCAGUAUGUUAUGUGAACCAGUUGAUUUUCUCUAUAGCAACACACUGCCAACCUGGUAUAAAAUUAUUCACAAACGGUCAAAAAUAUAAAAUUAUUCAAAAAUAUUCAUGUUUGUACUCGUUUAUUUUGGACAAUCUUAUCCAUGAUGUAUUUUAGUGAAUAAUGUGUUUUCAUUUACUAUUUGUUUUAACUUUAAUUAAAAAAAAUAAUAAUAAAGUAAAUGAA